AUGUCCCUGAGGCUUCUAGUACUUUUUAGUACUCUGCUGGUGACAUGUGGCUUGGUGGAAGCUAACCCAGGACCGGGACCCCAGACCCGACAACAAACCCUAACAGGCGAUCGGGAAGGUUCACUGGGCAUUGCCGCAGGUGGAAGGGAACCUAAUGAAAUCAUCACGAUACUGACUGAAAUGAAAGUGAGAGUAGCAGAAGCCCAGACCUCGCUCCUUGCCAAAGGAUUAAAGUAUGUACCUGUGAGUGCUAAGAUAAACACUGAUGCUUUCAUCACAAGCAUAGAGAGUGGUCUCCAACAACUUGCACCGAAUGGCAACGUGGAUUACCUACGUCACCAGAUUAUAGACACCAUCAAGAAGGCGCCCAGGCCACGGAACAACCUCUCUGUGCAAGAACGACAAGCAAUUGCUGAACUCAGACAAGAUAAAGCUAUCACCAUCACUGAAGCCGAUAAAGGUAAAGCAGCUGUUAUCAUGGAUACACAAGACUUCGAACAGCUCAUAAACAACAGCCUUUCUGAUACCUCAACCUAUCUCAUCAUCACAAAAGACCCCACUGCAAAACUUGAGCGUGAGCAUAAGAAGACCCUUAAGGAGCUUCACGAAAACAGAGAGAUAAACGAUAGUGUCUUUAAUAAGCUCAAUCCUAUCAACUCUCAAGCUCCAUAUGGUAGAGCAACCAUAAAAAUACACAAGAACCCACCAAAAGCCAGGGUACUUGUCUGUUCACGAGGAUCCGUCUUUUACAGCACUGCGCAGCACCUCUCACGCAUCCUGGCACCCUUAGGUAAAGAUGGGAAGGCAUUCAUCAGCGAUUCAUCGGCCUUUAUAAGCAAGUUGAAAGAAGAUCAACUUUCCGGUACCAUGGUCAGCUAUGAUGUAGUUGACCUAUUCACUAACAUCCCUUUGCCAGAAGCCCUGGAAAUUCUCCGGAACAAGCUCCAGACUCGAAUCAAAGAACUUGACACCAGUCUCACGAUAAAUAGCAUCAUUAACCUCGCUACAACCUGUUUUGAUUUCUCUUAUUUCACAUUUAAUGACAAGAUAUAUAGACAGAUACAUGGCCUGCCUAUGGGCUCACCAUUGUCACCGCUUAUCACUGAAAUAUAUAUGACCUCCUUUGAAGAAUCUGCUCUCUCCACAGCACCCUUUCAACCUUUGUGCUGGUAUCGCAAAGUAGAUGAUACGUUCACAACCAUAGACAAGCAAGAUGACCCAGCACAGCUACUGCAGCACCUCAACAACCAGCAUCCGAGGAUAAAGUUUACAAUGGAGACUGAGCAGAACCGGCAACUUCCUUUCCUAGAUGUUGCCCUCCAAUCUACAGACAAAGGUUGCUGGAAGAACUUCCCCCUUCCCUCAUUCUACCAGCCAACCCAUCUCAUACAGCGACGCAGCUUCAGCUACACCACGCGGAUCUGUUUACACCAUCAGCUGAUCGACACACCCCCGGAAGCAGAUCAACGGAGGCCACUCUCAAUCCGAACGAAUGAGGACGUGGCCAAGGCCCUGAUGUAA